CCGCGGGCAGCGCCGGGAGCGGGACGGGGGCAGCCCGCAGCCAGCCGCUCCGGAGGAACAACUUCGGAGAGAGGGACAAGACGAAGGCGGAGAAGACCGAAAUGCUAAACCGAGCCCCCUCCCUCCUCCCUCUUUUCCUUGCGCUUCAGGAAGCCAACCCCAUCCCGCCGCUGCCUCCGCCGCCGCACUCCGCCGUGCCCAGUCCCAGCGGCACCGGCACGGCAGUGCCCGCCCCCUCCGCCGGCUGCUCCUGGGCUGGGCUCGGCCGGCAGCGAGCGCUUCCUGCCCGCACCGCCCCGCGCCCGGCAUGCACAGCGCAGACACCGCCCCGGUCCCGGGCACACAGGGAGCGGCCGCGUUCAGCUCUCAGGUAUACAGAUGAAGAUAUUCCAGUGGAUUUCGUCACCGAUUUAUAUUUGUGACAAGCAUAGUUCCUCUUAGUUUGCAAAAGAAUGCACUGAAAUGC